AUUUAACUUUUCCUCUCUCGUCUCGUCUCGUCUCCGUCAUCAUCCUCUCCUCCUCCACUCCCCUGCACCCUCCCCCCAAAACCCCACCAUUAUAGCUCAUUUCUAGAGUCUUCUUCACAUUUCUUUCUCUCUUUCUCUCUCUCUCACACACACACACACUUCUCUCUCUCUCUCUCUCUCUAAAAUAAAAGCUCCAAAUUCUUUUGUCUCAUCUUCUUUCUCGACGAAAAGAAAACUUACUGAAAACUUUGGCGGCCAUUUCGUUCCCUCCCUUUUCAAAACCCUCCAAUCAUCAUCAUUCCCAUCACAGAAAAUGAGAAAAAUAUCCCAUAAUCUAAUCCAGUAAUCUUUCCCCCCCUAUCUUGACUGAAUUCCUCAAAGGCCCUCCUUUUUUUAUUUACACUUUUUAAAUUAAUCGGCCCCAAUUUUUUCCCUGCCCUUUUCCCUCCAUUCCCCCAAAAUUUUCAUUUCCCCCCUUUUCCAAAAACCCUAAAAUUUUUUGAUUGAUUUCGUUUCCCUCCUAAUUCAUUUCCCCCAAGAAAUUUCCCGACUGUAUAAUUUCAUGAUCUGAUCUGAUGGAAGAAGCUCAUCAACCCAAACCCUUACAAACUCACUCUCCCUGGCAGCUUAAUUCUCUUGAUUCCACUCGAGUUUCUGGUUCUGAUUCUGGGUCCUCUGUUUUAAUCGACAAAACCCUAAGCUCGUCGGAGGACUUUGACGAGAAUUUGUCUCCGGUGAGCGAAGAAACUGUGCCGUACCACGAUCCCUCCGAUUGUGGUACCGUUCCUGCGGAUUCCGACGGCAGGGAUGACGAUGACGAUGAGGAAGAAGAGGAGAUUGAGGAGGACUAUUACUUGAAUUAUUGUCCACCACUUCACACUGCUUAUUCUUCCUGCCAUUGGGCUGAGCCUUGGAACUAUUCGAGUUAUCUAAGGUCUUCGUGGUCUCCUUGGUCUCCGUCUCCGUGUUCUCGGUUGGGUCUUGGAAGCAUGGACGAUAGUAGAUCCUCUGAGGAUGAUUCUGCUUUGACCGGUUGGAGGUCUAGUACAGAGUUGGAAAUGAAGACCCCUUUUUCUAGUUUGGUCAUUGAACAGAAGCCUUCUAUAAUGGGCGCUGGGCUUGCAAACAUGGGUAAUACUUGCUUUCUCAAUGUGAUUCUGCAAUGUUUCACUCACACCGUGCCCCUACUUCAAGGACUUCUUGAACGCACUCAUAAGGUGCCCUGUGAACGUUUCUGUGAAGGUUUCUGCGUGUUCUGUAAUCUAUUUGACCAUAUUGAAAGGGCGUUGAGGAAUCCAGGAGGAAUUAUAUCUCCUUACAAGUUUGUUAACAAUUUGAACUACUUCUCAUCUAGUUUCCGAAGAUAUCAGCAAGAAGAUGCUCACGAAUUCCUACAAUGCUUUUUGGAUAAACUUGAGAGUUGUGAUACUUAUUCCAAGCCUCCUGAGAGUGACGACAUUGUAAAAAUGGUCUUUGGUGGCCGUCUUGUUAGCCAACUGCGAUGUUGCAACUGUGGCCAUCGCUCAGACACAUAUGAGCCUUUUGUAAACAUUAGUUUGGAGAUUGAUGAAGUGAGCACUCUCUCUACUGCUCUGAAGUCAUUCACAAAGGUUGAGAAGCUCGAAGCUCCUGAGACAAAAUUCAUAUGUGAUCAUUGCAAGGAGCAGGUGUCAGUUGAGAAGCAACUUAUGUUGGAUCAGGCCCCAUCAGUUGCCACAUUCCAAUUGAAGAGAUUUAAAAACGAUGGUUCUUUUGUAGAAAAGAUUGAUAAUCAUGUGGCUUUCCCUUUGGAAUUGGAUUUGCAGCCUUAUGCCGCUGAUAAUCAAAGUGAUAAGCAGGUGGAGAUGACGUAUGAUCUGUAUGCAGUGGUGGUGCAUACUGGAUUUUCAUCUACUUCUGGGCAUUAUUUUUGUUUUGUUCGUGCUUCUCCUGAUGAAUGGUACAGAUUUGAUGAUUCCAAGGUAUAUGUGGCUGAACAAGAACAGGUAUUGGAGCAGGAGGCGUACAUCCUUUUUUAUGUGAAGCAGGGAACGCCUUGUUUUUCAAGUUUUGUUGAAACGCAUAAGAAACUGAUGGAGUUGGGUGUUUUAAACACUUCACCUAAGUCUGUAUUAGAUAUUCUGGAUGAUUGUAAAUCUCCUGAUCUGCAACGUAGUUGCCAUUUUGAUGGCAAAGAAGUUGCAGUGGAAGAAGAGACUCCUGGAGGAAGGGACUCCAGGGUGGUGGAUGAUAGUGACGAAGCUGAUAACUCCAUAUCUACUGUCCCUUUAGUUUCCUGUAAUUCCUCUGUUAUGGCCUCACAUGAUAUCAGUGAAUCAGCUUUUGUUUCCUGUGUCAACAACUCUUCUGAUGUGCAUUCUUGCAAAGCUGGCGAAUCAAAUUCGCCUGUGGCUAAUCACCCUGAUGUUCCUUGUGAAGUUAACACAUCAAGUUCUCUACCUGUACUCAGAGAAAGUGACUCUGGCCAGGAGCCUCCUGAAUUGGGAAAUACUGCUGCGCUACCUUCUAUACCUCUUAGAUCUUCUAGCCCAGAAAUAUAUAGGGAAGAUCCAUCUGAAAAAAGUUUCACCCUACCCCGGGGGCAUUUGAGAUUGAUGGGCGGUGUUUCUUGCAAAAGACAGUUGAACAAGGAACUGGAAGAAGGGAGAAAGCAAGCUGUUACAAUCGUGAAAAGGAACAUAGUUGGUGGAUCUAGAAAAAAGCAGCUCACGGCAGCAAUUUGUGCAACUUCAAGUGAAGUUUCAGCCAGCAAGAAAAGAAGUAGAGGAACGCACAUGCCCGCUGGUAGUGAUGAUAGAAGUUCAGCUAGUCGUCGAAGAGGAAAUAUGCCUGUCCUUGCUAGCAGUCUCAGGUGAAUCUUUCUAGGUUUGGUAUAUAUUUAUUAGAAUAUCGUCGGAUGAAGAAUGGAUAGAAACUUGGUGAAGGAUGUAGUAUUUAGAUUUGAAACAUUACCUUCUGAGAAAUUGAGGUCACAGUUUUUGGUUAGUUUAUGUUUAUAAGUUCCAAGUUAUGUAAAGUGCGGUUAUGUUUUACUAGGUAUUUCAUGAGUUAAUUACAGUUUGCAUACGUUUCUGAGUUUUAGAAGUUUCAAACCACGAGUUGAAUUGAAACCUCAAAUGUUCUUUCGUCCCAUACUUUACUGAUAAGCUCAAUGAUGGAAAUCAAUAAAUCUCGUCUUAAC